CAUUUCCCAAAAAUAAAUAGAAACACAAUAAUUCCAUCUACUAUUAUUCUUAUUAUUAUGUUCCUAUCUUUCAAUUCUUUGCAUGCAAAAAUGAAGAACAACAACACAAACAACACAAAACUAAUCCUCCUACACCCCUACAUUCUUAAACAAGGUAGCUCAAAUAGACUAUGGUUCUUAGCCUUGAUCACUCUAUUCACCCUAAUUUUUCUCCUCACACUCAUCUACACUCGUGACUCGUUGUCGCCCUCCUCGAACUCGACUUCCUCCACCACCUCCGUUGGUGGUGUCGCUUCUUCUGCGGCCGUGUUGGGUGGAGUGCACACGAAUGCUUUACCAAAGAAUGUGGUGAACACGCUUCUACACUACUCCUCUAAUGCUAAUACUACUGCCAAAAUGGACCUUUCGGAUACUAAGUCCAUAUCUGAUGUACUACGAAGGUGUCCUUCUCCUUGCAAUUUUCUUGUUUUUGGUCUCACACAUGAAACUUUGUUAUGGCGGUCUCUUAACAGCCUUGGUAGAACCGUUUUCAUCGACGAGAACAGGUAUUAUGCAGCAUAUAUAGAGGAAAAACACCCAGAAAUCGAAGCGUACGACACACAAUACACAACAAAGCAAAGCGAGUACAAAGAGUUGAUAUCCUCCGUAAAAGAACAAGCUCAAAAUGAGUGUAAACCAGUACAAAACUUGCUAUUUUCUGAGUGCAAAUUAGGCAUCAAUGACUUGCCAAACCAAAUUUACGACAUCGACUGGGAUGUAAUCCUAGUCGACGGCCCUCGAGGUCAUUGGGACUCCGCCCCGGGGAGGAUGUCGACGAUCUUCACCUCCGCCGUGUUGGCAAGAAACAAGAAGGCUGCCACGGCCAAGAGUGGGAAGACACAUAUUUUUGUGCAUGAUUAUAACUUGGAUCCUCAAAGGGUUUCAAGUGAGGAGUUUUUGUGUAAGGAAAAUUUGGUUGAAAAUAAUGGGAUGCUUGCUCAUUUUGUGUUGGAGAGGAUGGAUGAAAACUGUUUUGACUUUUGCCAUUCUAAGAAAUCUUCCUAGUUCUUUUUUCUUCAUUUUUUUUUAUGAGGUUCAUAAUUAAAUUGGGUUGAUUUGUUUUUUUUUUUUUUCAAGAGAUUUCACAUGUAAAUCUUGGAUGUUUAGUGAAAAUGUAAACGGUUUGAUCAUGCAAUUUGGCCCCGGCCCUAAGGAUUAGAUUAAUAUUUGUUCUUAUUUAUGAACAAUUUUCCCCUAAACAAAGGGCUUGCAAAAAUUUUAAAUUUGAUUUUGUUGAUU